CCUCCAUAUUCCUGAUCUAACAGCCUGCGUUCCUGUUCUUACACUGGAGCCUCCUGUUGUUUAUGGCUGGCUCUGGGUGUGCUGCCGCAACUCGCGGUUGAGUAAGCAGAUGAGUAGGUUACGCUUAUAAGGUCACGGCUGUUAGCUACCUGCUAAUAAUUUUCGUAACAAUACAUAUACUCCUUCGUUCCGAGCAAUGGCUUCGUCGCACGCCACAGAGUUCGCGUUUCCGACCAGCUUCGCGAACGAUGCGACGUUCCAUGCGACAGAUCCUGUCGCCUCGGGGCAUCUUUUCGAUAGAGCGUCGACGCCUUACGGCGCAGCAGGAACAGGCGGCACAAGCGGACUAGGCGGAACAGGGGGAACAGGCGGAACGGGGGGAAAGCUCGGUAGAUCCAGGCGAUAUGGAGUGCGAGCCGACACGCCGUACAGCAGACCGGCGACGGGACGGCACGCCGCUGCCGGCCAGUUAGCCGCUGCUGCCGCUACAGCCGCUGCUGCUACAACCGGCGCCGCUGCUGCUCCGGCGGGUGGUAAAGACGGAGGUUCGCAAAAGAAGGGUUGGCUCGGAGGUUUGGGCGGUGCGAUGCUGAGUAUGAUUGGCUGGCGACGGACCAGCGAUCAGGCGAACGACGCGAAUAACCCAGGGUCGCGACGCCAAGAGGCGAUUGCAGGCGGAGCGGAUGAGAGAGCUGAGCUGAGCCUAGCUGACGGCAUGGCGGCUGUUGCUGCUGCUGGGGACGUGCCCUCGAGUGGGAAGCCCCUGUCGAUGCGUGAGUACGUGCGACUGUCGCAGAUGCUGCGCGCUCAGGUGGUUGACCCCGACGCCACUACCGCCCCAGUACGCGCUAGUGCCGCUCGAGCGGACCCUUCCGCUCCGGGCCCUUCGACCCGCGCACCGUCAGUCGUUCCUGCCUCCGCAACCACUCCGGCCAGGCCAGCCCAGACCACCCCGUUCCACACUCCUGGUGUGGCAAACCCCACGCCCUUUCAUACCCCUGGCGCUGCAGCAGCGGCGACAGCAGCGGCAGCAACGCCCUUCUUUGACGCAUCCCGCACUUUCACCACCUCUGCCGCGGGCGCUGGAAGGACGGUGCCCGGAAGGGGCUUGGCAGGGGCAAGAGUUGGGGCAGUACCGGGGGUCGGAGCAGUAACGGGAACGGCAGGAGCAGUGACCGGAACUCCGUUCUUUGAGGCCGGAGCUAGAUUCGCCACGCCUGUGGCCAGUGGUCGGGCGUCGCCCGCUGCUGACGUGGAUGGUGCGGAUGAUGACGAGGACGAGGAGUUCCACACGCCAGACGGCGGGGCAUCGCCUGUGGAUAUUGCUAAGGCGUAUAUGAGAGGUGACCUCCGCGCUGCUGCUGCUGCUGCUGCCGCUGCUGCUGAUCCCUCUCCUAGUCGUGCACGGGCUAGCAGUGCGGGCAAGGCCGCUGCAGCAAGGCCUAGGGCCAGUGCGUCUCCUAUUGCAGAGGGUGCGGGUGGGGAUGACCUGCCAUUCCCCGCUGCUGCCGCCGCCGCUGCUGCUGGGGGGCCUAACGGCGGGUUCUCUGGGACAGGACCUAACGGUGGGUUCGCUGGGGCUGGGCACGAUGGGAGGUUCUCUCAAGAGCAGGGUGGAGAGGGGAGGGCGAGCGGGUGGGGGGGGGUUUGAACGGAGAGUUGGUGCGAGCGGUGUUUCCAGGGGCGUCUUCUCACGGCCAGUAUCGUGCCUCCGUGCCUGCUACGCCCAAGUCCGCCAAGAGAGGUCGCGACGCUGACGAGGCAGACGCUGAUUGGCUGAGAGGAUCCGAGUCAGCGCGCCGCAUUCGCCCUCGAGCCUCGCGCCAGCCAAACAGUCUCGCCCUCGUCUCUUUCCCACCCGGCCCUAGCGCUUAUCCUCCGGGUCCUAUCUCAAGGCGUUCAGAUUUCCUCACAGGAGCUAUAGCCGCCCCUCCCCUCCCUCCCCCUGCACUUUUUUCGGCGGGGGCUGGGAGUUUUCUCCCCUCUGCCCGGCUCCGCGGUCAGGCUGGCCGCUCGCAUGCCUUUGCCUCUCGCAGCAGCAGCGGCGGGCCUCGCCUGCUGCCCGGAGACCUGCCCGGGUUUUCCCUCGGCGCGAGAAAGGGUGCUUGGGACAGGGCGUUCGAAGGGGUGGGAGACGCAGGAGGGCUGUUUCUGGAAAGGGAUACGUUUGGGCUGUUCGGCCGAAAGGGCGUAGGCAAGGUGCGGAAUGAGCCGUUGGAACGACAGAAGCGCCAGCAGCAGCAGGAGGAGGAGAGGCAGCAGCAGCAGCGAGAGAAGCAGCAGCGGGCAGAGGAGAAAGUGUUUUCUGGGCUGAACCUGGCCCCGUCUAAGUCGCUAGAGACGGCUCAGAAGAUUCUGGCGAAACUAGAAGAUAUCAC